UCCCCUUGGGACAUAUUUGUAUUAACAGAAUUGCCACCAGGAAGGACCAAGAAACAGACUCGAGAGUCAAUUACAAUGAUCUCUGUCUCCUCCCGGUUGCUGUCGCCUCAAUUCUACGCUAUUCAAAGGAGUGUCGUGAAAAUGUCUGCUUCUGUGACUCAAGCUGCCGUUUCACACGGUUCCAUGGCGAUAAAGCCUCCUUCACAUCCCACUUACGAUUUUAAAGCAGUCAUCGAACUUGCCCUAGCCGAAGAUGCUGGUGACACAGGAGAUGUGACGUGUAUGGCUACGAUACCGUUUGAUAUGGAAGUGGAAGCUUAUUUCUUGGCGAAAGAAGAUGGGAUUGUUGCUGGAAUCGCUCUUGCUGAGAUGAUUUUUGAGCAAGUUGAUCCCUCUUUGAAGGUGGAAUGGAUGCGUAAGGAUGGUGAUUAUGUUCAUAAAGGGUUAAAGUUCGGGAAAGUAUCAGGAAACGCUCACAAGAUUGUUGUUGCUGAAAGAGUUGUGCUCAACUUUAUGCAGAGGAUGAGCGGUAUCGCCACCCUUACCAAGUUAAUGGCGGAUGCAGCGUACCCUGCACGUAUACUGGAGACGAGAAAAACUGCUCCUGGUUUGCGAUUGGUAGACAAAUGGGCGGUGCUGAUUGGUGGAGGGAAGAAUCAUAGGAUGGGACUAUUUGACAUGGUGAUGAUAAAAGAUAACCACAUCUCUGCUGCAGGAGGUAUAGUGAGUGCUAUUAGAUCUGUGGACGAGUAUCUUAAGCAAAAGAAUCUUGAAUUGGACGUGGAGGUGGAGACGCGGACGCUUGAGGAAGUGAGGGAAGUGUUAGAGUAUGUAAGUGGGUCCAAGAGUAGGGUGACGAGAAUAAUGCUGGACAAUAUGGUUGUACCGUUGGAGAAUGGAGAUGUUGAUGUCACCAUGCUUAAAGAUGCGGUGGAGCUAAUCAAUGGAAGAGUCGAGACCGAGGCUUCGGGAAACGUUACAAUUGAGACAGUACACAAGAUUGGACAAAGUGGAGUUACAUUCAUUAGCAGUGGAGCUCUGACUCAUUCGGUUAAAGCGUUGGAUAUCUCACUGAAGAUUGAUACAGAGUUGGCUCUUGAGGUCGGAAGAAGGACAAAACGAGCCUAGAAGUUAUAUAGAAGUCUCUUUACUUCAUCUUCCCAGGAAACAGAGAAUUAAUAAGGCUGAGAUAAAUGAGACAGUGAUGAAUCUGACUACAAAUAGUAAAACGUUCUAUCUUUUGUAAUAAAUAAUACUAAAAACUGUUCUAUCUUUUGUAAUAAAUAAUACUAUAAACUCUAGCUGCAUAGCGGAGACAUGUAUGAAUUACUCAUUAGCUCGCUCUCUCAAAACUCUGCUCUUUAUGUACAAUGAGAUGCAGUAACUUUGAGAAGCAGUCUAUGCAUAUACAUAUAUGUAUUUAAUUGUUCAUCAA